AUGACCAACUCAACAUCUAACCGUCCCGACAGCAUCGUCUGGGUAAAAGGCAUGAAGCUUGGCCCAGGCGGGCCGCAUGAUGCUUCAUUUUGGCAGAGAGUCCAGGGUUCAAGGCGACAUAGUGGCGCCGGCACUAUAGAAAAUCCAAGAAUCAUUUGGGCCACUCCAAAUCCCGAAAGGGGAAGCAAAGAAGAUAGGUUACAGGCAAUCGAGAACAUAGUCAGACGGGUCACCAGUGAAUGCGGCCUAAGCUAUGCAUGGAUGGCAUCCGAUGCCCAUCCUACAUGCACUACCGGAUGGGUUCGGAGUAAACGCGUGAUAGGCCCUGACGAUUACCAUGUUACCUUGCGAAUGGGUUCAGGACCGCACACUUGUAACCUCCACGGUCAUAUCUAUCUGAUUUGCGAGGACAACAACCUCAACAACGAAAUUGUCCGGCCCAUGACAACCGAAGAAAGAAGCAUUGUAGGCGGCUUCAGCCCCCAAUUGUUGGUUUGGGGAAAAUAUCCCGCAGAGUCUGCGGAAUACCCUAGGUCUGGGCUUCAAGUGCCGCGACCAAAAUUCGAGAUCAAACCAGGUUCGAUUCUACAAUACCAAAAAGACACAAAGCAAAUCCCCGGAUUUGUGUAA